AAUCUUCAGCACUUAUAUGACCUUAUUGUGUUACAAGUGUCGUAAAACGCUUUAAGACUAAAACAAAUAACCUUUCAACGUCCAAAGAAGCAUUCAACCAAUACAAUCACAAACCAUCAUCAGGUGCUGAGUGCCGGUGUCAGUUUCCAGUUUAGUAGCUAAGAUGCCAUGGAAGCUUUCAGUGCAAGGAAAGGAGAGACACUAACACGUGACAUGUGGUUCAUAUUACAUUGUAGCGUUGAGGUGUUUACUUCAUCGUUGUUGUCGUUACCUUACGUUAAGUAUUUUGUAUUUCGAGUCGGUUUAUUGAUUUCGGCAUUGUAUAACCUUCAACACCCUAAAGGAAAAAAACAACCCGCAACAAAACAUAAAAAACAAUAGCAAGGUCAACAACAGCAAAAUGAUACUGCAUGUACUUGUAUUGUGAAGACUGACGCAGAGUCAAUAAAGUUUUCCAGCAUAUUAUUAUUAUAUUAUUAUCGUAUCUUCCAAAGAGUAAACAUACCGACGUUUUGAAUACUUGGGAUAAAGAAUACUCCUCUCACUCAACACGCACUGAUCUCCCACCUAAGGCUUCUCUCCUUGUUCAAGUGAAUGUUUUACGACACUUGCAGCACAAUAUGGUCAUAUACGUGCUGAGGAUUAGAGGUGUUACAAGAGAGUUAAAAAAAAAAGAAAAAAAAAGGAGGAAAUAUAAGGAUGAUAGAUGUUUGAUAGGAAAGAAAAGGUAAACCACCCUAGCUUCUCUACUACAUAAGGCACUUCUCUCCCACAGAGCAUGGGGAUGUCCCUCAGUUUCCGGGACUCUGUACGGGAGGCCAUGGACGUACACAGACGGUCACGUGACAGGUGUCAGAGUCCGGCCUGUGAGACAAAGCUCUGGAAAGCCAACCACGAGCUUAAACAGGCACGGACGGAAAUUGGCCAGUUACAGGAACAGUUAGCGCAGAUGAGCAUCCAGAACCCUAACGUGGCGGUGUGGCGUUAUGAUCCUGAGACCGUUGACGUCAUAGAGAGCCAGGCUGACGAGAUGGCGGAAUGGGAGGGUCAGGCUGAGGCCAGUGGCUCACAGAGUGAGGAGGACGCCGUCAGAGUCACUCUCUUGUGAUGAAUGCACAAUGCUUUAUGCAGCUGUUUUGAUGAAAGUUUGAGAUAGACAGGACCACAUUGACACAGCAACGGUUAUAAUAAUAAUAAUAAUAACAAUAACAAUAAUAAUAAUAAUAACAAUAAUGUAAUAAUAAUAAUAAUA